AUGAGUUCUUCCGAUCAACCGCCUUAUCCUCCACAUUUUAUGCCAAUGCCAUUUGCUGAUGGUGAUGCUGGAGGUGUUUGGCCUCAUUCUCCGAUGAACUAUGAUCGAUUUGAGUCCUCUUGUCAGUUUGAGCAUGCACCUUUUUUCAAGAGAUUGACAGAUUCCGAUAACAACUUGCCAAAUUCUAUAACAUUCCCAGCUAUUAAAUCUAGAGUGAAUUCACCAAAUCUUCAAGAAAGCAAAGGGAUAAGUCAUAUAUUUUAUAAAACCCGCAUGUGUGCUAAUUUCUUGAAAGAAACUUGCAAGAAUGGGGAAAAUUGUACAUUUGCUCAUGGUGUUGAAGAUCUGCGGGUGCCUCCUCCCAAUUGGCAGGAUCUAGUCCGUGUAAAGGAUAGAGAGUUGAAUGAGGAUAAGGAAAAAAUGAAUAGGAUCAAAAUUUGCAAGAUAUUUUAUGAAGGAGAGGAGUGUCCUUAUGGACAUAAGUGCAAAUUUCAUCAUGAACGUCCUCCAAAAUUUAAGACCAACAUGCCAAAGGACAAAGAGAGUUCUGCAAUAAGUAUCGAAACUACAGGGAACAUAAGUGAUCCUAGGAUGAUUGAGACUACAAAGUUGCAGGCACCUGUGUUGAUAAAUUAUGUCCCUAUUACUCCAAGGCCCUUCUCUGCUCCGCUUGUUGCAAACACAAUGGUCAAUGCUUCUGUAAAAGAGGAAAAAGAGGAAAAGAAAAUCCUUAAGUGGAAACCGUCAAAAAAGAUCGCAGAGAUAUAUGGAGAUUGGCUCGAUGGUUAG